AUGGCGCUCAACGAGGAGGCCGGCCACAAACCGGGGUCCAUCGACCACACUGAAUAUGAAGUACACAACUCCCAAGUCGACCUCAUUGAGUCUGCCGUCGCUGCCAGUGACGAAGAAGCCAAGAUUCCCCGCAAGGAGCUUUUUUCGCGGUACUGGCCCGCCGUAAUCUAUAGUGGCCUUCUCAGUAUGGCCUUGAUUAUGGAGGGUAUGGAUGUUGGCCUGAUCAACAAUUUCUUCGCGCAAGAUGCCUACCUGGCCCACUUUGGCUGGCCAGAUACCAACGGCAAACAGCAUGUGCCUGCAUCGUGGCAGUCAGCUAUCAGCAACGGCAACAAUAUUGGCAGUAUCAUCGGUCUCUUAUUGAACGGCUACUUGCAAUCCCGAUUUGGGUCUCGCAGGGUAUACUUGGCCACUAUGGUGCUGAUGGGUGGCACUAUUUUCGCCCUCUUUUUCGCCGUCAAUGUGCAAAUGUUGUUUGCAGCCAAUAUUCUAUGUGGCAUCCCGUGGGGCGUCUUCCAGACUCUGACGACUGCUUAUGCCGCUGAAAUCUGCCCUGCAGCCAUGCGCGGUUAUCUUACGGCAUGGGUGUCCAUGUGCUGGGGCGCCGGCUCGUUCUUGGCUGCCGGUGUUCUCCGAGGCUCUUUGAACAUUCCGGGAGACCUUGGAUGGAAGAUUCCCUACGCCCUACAAUGGGUCUGGAUCGUUCCUCUGUUUAUUGUGGGAUUCCUAGCCCCUGAGAGUCCUUGGUACCUAGUCCGCCGAGGACGUAUCGACGAAGCCGAGAAGGCUCUGCGUCGUCUCGCCCGCAAGGACUUCUAUACCGAGCAUACUAUGGCCCAGUCGCUUGCAUUGAUGAAGCACACCAAUGAGAUGGAAAAGAUCGAGGCAGCGAACUCAAGCUACCGGGACUGUUUCCGCGGCACUAACUUACGCCGUACUGGAAUCGUCUGCAUGGCUUGGGUCAUUCAGAUCCUCAACGGCCAGUCGGUGACCGCAUACGCUGCUGUCUUUUUGAAGUCGGCCGGUAUGCCUACAGUCCAGUCCUUCAAUUACAACAUGGGAAUUCAGUCCGUUAAUAUCUUUGCCACGGCUAUCGCUAUCACCCUGAUGGGUAAGAUUGGCCGACGCUUUUUCUUCUUCUGGGGAUCUACAAGUAUCGGGCUUGCCAUGCUUAUUAUCGGCAUUUUGGGUUUCGUUCCUGGAGCGUCGAACGUAGCUCUUGCAGUUGCCAUCGUCAUGAUCGUUGUCCAGAUCAUUUUCAAAGUAUCGCUCGGCCCUACCACUUACGUUAUUGUUGCUGAAACAUCAUCUAACCGAGUCCGCGCUCAAACAAUCGUCCUGGGUCGCGCUGUCUAUGUCACGGGCCAGAUUAUCAUAGGGCAACUGAACCCGCGCAUGUUGAACUCGACCAGUGACGCCUGGGGCUGGGGCGCCAAAAGUGGUUUAUUCUACUUUGGGCUUUGCUCCAUUUGGGCAGUGUGGAUUUUCUUCUGUCUCCCCGAGACGAAGAACCGUAGCUUUGCAGAGCUGGACAUACUCUUCCAGAAGAAGACCUCGGCGCGCAAGUUUGCCACAGCUCAGGUCGAUUUAUUCGAAAUCACGCCCCCCAAAGACGAGCACCAUAAAGCUCAACUAUGA